AUGCCUCCAAAUGGGAACAAUCAACUUUUAUCUCCCCCCAAUGUACUUAGAAACCUUCCCGAUAAUUUAAUCAACGACAUCUUAACGAGGUUGCCUUUACGAGAUGCUGUGAGGACAAGCAUCUUAUCGAAGAAAUGGAGAUAUAACUGGUGCGGACUUCCACAAAUCGAACUUGAUCAAACACUUUGGAAAGCAAAAGAGGACUUGACAUCUGCUAAAAUUGGGUUUGCUAACAUUCUCUGUCAUCUCUUGACCCUUCAUACACGACCAAUUACCAAGUUUACUCUCGACAUUCCUCUUCUAACACAAUGUCCUAAUAUUGAUCACUUGAUAUAUUUCCUCUCUAGGAAUGGCAUUCAACAUCUUGUCCUUAAACUUCCUAUGGAUAACCAACACAAACUGCUCCCGAACCAAUACAAACUGCCUUCAUCAUUCUUCACAUGCUCGCAAUUGAAGCAUCUGUUUCUCCAGCAAUGUCUAAUACAUUCGCCACCACUCUUUAAGGGAUUUGAUAGAUUAAUUAGCCUAGAACUAAUUGAAGUCACAAUUUCUUCUGAAUUGCUUGGAAGUUUAAUCUCCCAUAGCCCGUUACUUGACCAUUUGGUGUUGGAUUGCAACGAAGUUUCACACCACGUUGAAAUUAGUGCUCCCAAGCUGAGGUCAUUUUUCUUCUCGGGCAAUAUAAACUUUUUACAUCUAAAAAAAGUCCCUCUUCUCUCCGAAGUUUCUUAUGAGCCUGUAGAAUUUUCUAUAGACGCAGAACAUGAUCUUGCCAAGAUUUUUGAGUCUAUUCCUGCUCUCGAGAAUCUUUGCUGGAAUCACGAGUGUCUUCAGGAAGAGUAUGUUGGACCAGCUGAAGUUAUACCAACAAGGCUCCCCUUCGCUCUCAACUGUCUUAAACGCCUUGACAUAUAUAAGAUUACUUUGGGAGAGUUCUUUGAUCUUUCGUUUGCUCUUUGCUUGAUAAGAAGCUCCCCAAAUUUAGAAGAACUUGAAAUUAAGACAGUGAAGAUUAAACAUGUAUCAAGAGCAGAAGCUGAAAUGCAACUUAUCAAGGUUUUAUUGGCCAAGUCUCCAGCGCUGGUCAAAAUGGUAAUCGAGCCCUGCAGAAUGGAAGAUCAAAAAUCUCUCAAAGUACUCGCGGAGAUAACAAAUUUUCAGCGGGCAUCAUCUAAAGCACAAGUUGUGUAUAAUGUAGAUUACAAUCAUGAUACAUUUUUUCAACAGCUUUUGCUUAAUCUUCAAACAGUUGCCAGGAGGGGGUGGAGUCACAUGGAUGCAACGUUUUCAUCUGAAAUAAUCCCUUCGCUGAAAAAUUAUAUUGGAUGUUCAAGAUUGUUAUUGCAAUCAUUUAAGAUUAUGUCUCCGGAUGCCCCCGAUGCUCUUAGCAACCUUCCAGAUGGUGUAAUGGAUGACAUUCUUAUGAGGUUGCCUUUACGAGAUGCUGUGAGGACAAGCAUCUUAUCGAAAAAAUGGAGAUAUAGCUGGUGCAGAAUUCCACAAGUGAAACUUGAUCAAACACUUUGGAAAACAACAGAGCAGUUAAUGUCCCCUAAAAUUGGAUUUACUAAUGUUGUCUAUCAUCUAUUGUCCUUUCAUACAGGACCGAUUUUCAAGUUUACCCUCGACAUUCCUGAUCUAAUAACUUGUCCUGAAAUCGACAACUUGAUGCAUUACCUCUCUAGGAAUGGCGUUCGACAUAUUGUUCUUAAACCUCCAUUGGAGUGUAGACCGUACAAAUUGCUUUCUUCAUUUUUCACAUGUUCGCAAUUGAGGCAUGUAAGUCUCCAGGACUGUCUAAUACGUCCUCCACCAGCCUUUACAGGAUUUGAUAGGUUAAUUAGCGUAGAACUAAGACGUGUCACGAUUUCAUCUGAAUUACUGGGAAGAUUAAUCUCUAAUUGCCCGUUGCUUGAGCAUUUGGUGUUGGAACACGACGAAUAUUCAAACCAAAUUGAAAUUAAUGCUCCCAAUCUGAGGUCAUUGUUCUUCACAGGCAAUAUAAACUUUUUACAGCUUAAAAAUGUCCCUCUUCUUUCCAAAGUUUCAUAUGAGCCUACAGUCUUUUCUGUAGGGGCCGAACAUGAUCUUGCCAAUAUUUUUGAGUCUAUUCCUGCUCUCGAGAAUCUCUGCUGGAAUAAUAACAACGUCCAGGUCGUGAAUGUUGAACCAGCUAUGCCAACAAGGCUUCCUUUUGCUCUUAACUGUCUUAAACGCCUUAGUAUAUCCCAGAUUACUCUGGGAUUUGAGCUUACUUUUGCUCUUUGCUUGGUAAGAAGCUCCCCGUAUUUAGAAGAAAUUGAAAUUCAGGCUGAUCCUGAUCUGGUGUACUAUAAACCUAUGUGCCGGAAUGCUGUUGAUGAGAUUCCUGCAAGCUUCUCCGACAUGACUUUUAAUCACCUGAAGACAGUUAAGCUUUACAAUGUAGCAGGAGCAAAGGCGGAAAUGCAGCUUAUCAAGGUUUUAUUGGUCAAGUCUCCAACACUGAUCCAAAUGGUAAUCGAGCCUUGUAGAAAGGUAGAAAUAGAGUCAGAGAUAAUAAAUUUUCAACGGGCAUCAUCUAAAGCCCAGAUUGUGUAUAGCGUAAAGAGUAAAUAGAAAAGAACGUUGAUGCAGUGAUGAGAAGA